AAAUCCUUUAAAAAAACUUAUUAGAAUUUAUUUGUAUUUAGUAUCUAAUUAAAUUUUUAUGGUUAUUUAAAUUAAUGGAAAGAAUUUAAAUAAACUGAAAAUAAUGACAACAGGAUUUACAGCUCGCGUAGACAACAUACGAAAUACAUUAAUUGCCGUAAGCAAGCGAAGAACUUUUAGAUAUGGUGUUCCGUUUAUAUUAUUUGUUGUAGGAGGAUCGUUUGGUUUGAGGGAAUGGACACAAAUUAGAUAUCAGUUUUCACAAGUAAAAGGUGUGAGUAAGGAAGAAGCAGAGAAAAUGGGCCUUCACAGAGAAAAAACUGUUUCUUUGGAUACUGCAUAUGAAGAAAUACAAAAAUUGGAUAUUGAUAAUUGGGAAAACAAACGAGGCCCUAGACCAUGGGAAAUAAAUGAAUCAAAAAAACACAAUUAACUAUGCCUACCUUAAAUACAUUGUAGUUUUUUUAAAGUUUAGUAUUUACAUAGCAGUAAAUUGUUUGAAUAAAAUCAAAUAAUCACUAAUAAGUACCAAUCUAAUUCACCUCCGACACUACAUGACGAUCACAAUCACUCUGUCGAGAGUGACACUAUCGAGAAGAAGAAUUCACCUUAUUAAACUAAUGUAUUCAGGUUUUGUUAAUAUUGAUAAUCUGAUUAUUUUUAUGAAAUACAGCAGCCUUUUUCUAAUAUUCCAUUCUUAGGAAGUAUGAAAGGGCUUAAAUCUUAUUGAAUAUUCUUGAACUUGAAUGUAUAAAAAUGAAAUGUAAAAUAAAUAGAAGUUUGAGAUUUAAACAUCUUGCACUCUCACUUGAUGUUCAAAAUGUGCAGGACCUAGGUAUUUCAAUGGUGAAACAUAAAAACAGCAACUAAACAAUUAGAGAAUUGCAUUCAAAAAGUGUUUCAUAAAACUAUUUAAUAUCAGUAGGUCAUGGUGAAAUCGAAAUUUCUUAAGAUAAACGAUUAUAAUUAAGUUAUUUAAUUUUGUUACAGGAAGUGUGAAAUGCUAUGAAGGUAAUAAAAAGCACAUGGUACAAUUCCGUAAACUAAUUGUUUACUAAGUACAACUCUGUAAAACCAGUUUUAAAAUGCAAAACUAUUCAAAAGUAAUUUCACAGGCGCUUUUAAAACUUUGGCUUUAUCACGGAAUGCAGUUCAUCACUGGCUAGAAGAAGCUGGGUCUGGAUCUUUUCCAAAAAUAUGUACAAUAGGUACAUAAUUUAAUAAAUUAGAGCCGGCUUUACCUAUGGUGUAGGGUUUGCGUUACACAAGCGCAAGCACAUUACAACGAAAAGGAUUUUGUUACAUUUGCACUUAUUCCAUUCCAUUAUUCCAUUUUGACCGCACACUUACUAGAGGAUUCUAGGCUAAUGAUUGCACACGAUUGCUAUAUGGGCUAGAGACGCCUUUGUACAAAAUAUUAUUAAAUCUAUACCUAUAAUAAAAAUACUCUGUUGGUAAUUCGUCGUAUUCAAUCAAGCAAGGAGUCAAGCAAUCUACAGGUAGCCAUUUUUUCACUUUUGGUGGAUUUAGCUGUUCCUAAUACGGCACUCCCACCAUAGAUAUUUUCCUUUGGAGUGCAAUGUUGACGUCGAUGGCACAGGUUGGCCAGGCUUGAUGUACGGUAUAUUUUUCUGGGAAUUAUAAUAGUACGUACAACAAAAAUGGAUAUACCAUUUUUUAAUAUUUAUAUUUCAGUUGGUGAUGACAAUCUUCGAAAUCAAUUUAAGACUCGGUAUUACCAAAAAUUUUGUUAUUCGUAGCAUGCCAAUAGCCCAUUUAAAUAAAAAUGACAAAGUCUUAAUAUACAAUUUACAUCAACAUAAUAUUUAUGAGAAACUGAAUUUGGCAAAAUGGUUGCUAUAAAAACUAAAUACCGCUCGCGUUCAAACCCUAAAUCCAAUUGUAAUUACUAACAUAGAUCCAAACACUGAUGAAGCAAUUUAAAAAUCGCAGCCUCAUACAUCUCAUUAGACGGCAAUUUUAUUGAUUUGUUAUUGACUAAUAUGGGGGAAUAAUGGGAAUAAAUAAUGCAUGGUCAUCCGACCCCAAAUUAGGAUUCCCUGUUGAUGGGUACCUGAGACUAAUAUACAUGCGUAAAUACAUUUUAAUAAACAACAAGACAAAGAGCAAUCAAACCUGUCAACACACAAAUGUUUGCCCGAUGUGAGAAUCGGACCCACGACCCUCGGCGCAGCAAACAGGGGCUCUAACCACCGAGUGCUUUAUAAAAAGAAUUUUCUUAAAAUUGUAAAUAAAACUAAUGUGUGUUAGAAAUAAUCAUGUUUGUAUUGAUGAAAACGAAAGAUGCGCAACAUAUCGUAUUACUGGUGGUAGGACCUCUUGUGAGUCCGCACGGGUCGGUACCACCACCCUGCCUAUUUCUGCCGUGAAGUAGUAAUGCGUUUCGAUUUGAAGGGUGGGGCAGCCGUUGUAACUAUACUGAGACCUUAGAACUUAUAUCUCAAGGUGUGUGGCGCAUUUACGUUGUAAAUGUCUAUGGGCUCUAGUAACCACUUAACACCAGGUGGGCUGUGAACUCGUCCACACAUCUAGGCAAUAAAAAAUAAAAAAUUGUGGAUGUUUGUGUAGGGGUGGUAGCCAAAUAUUUUGUCUAACGAAGGGGUCAUUGUCGAAAAAAGUUUGCGCACCACUAAUCUAAAUAUAUCAGGCGUGCAGGGUUAGUAGAAGGUUAUUGAAAAUAUAUUAAGUGUAUAAUCUAUGGUUAUUGAUUUUUUUCAAAUAAAUGGCCGCAUAAAAUACCAUAAAA